AUGAUAUCUAGCGGAUAUAUUAAUUAUACAGCGCAGAAAGCGAAAAUAGCGCAUGGGCACAGAAACGGCCGAUCUCGGAUUGUAUAUCAACGGAAGGCCGACGACGUGAAUACGCUUAUUCGCCCUUUGACAGAUACACGGCUAUCGCGCGCAGCUGGCAGCUGCAGUGGUAGUGAUGGUGGUGGUGGGCGAACCAGUAACCACGAGCUCAGCCGCGGGUAUGAUAAGUAA